AUGACAGGAAUGGAGAUUGAAACUGCAAGAGACAAAGCCAUGGAUGAAGAAAGCACUGAACAGAAGAAGGAGAGAGAGAAAAAGAAGAGGUCAAGGGUUAAACAAGUGCUUGCAGAUAUAGCGAAACAAGUUGAUUUCUGGUUUGGCGAUGUUAAUCUCCACAAAGAUAGAUUUCUUCGAGAACAAAUAGAAAAGUCCAGAGAUGGAUAUGUUGACAUAUCACUUCUUGUUUCUUUCAACAAAAUGAAAAAAUUGACUACCGAUGGAAAAUUGAUAGCUCGAGCAGUUAAAAGUUCAUCUGUUGUAGAGUUGGAUUUAGAAGGAACUAGAAUCAGAAGGCGCCAGCCACUGGGUGAGCAACCAAAGGAUGUGGAUAGUCGCACAGUCUAUGUGGAGCUGCUUCCCAAAAAUGUUAACCACAGUUGGAUUGAGCGGGUGUUUGGGAAGUGUGGUAAUGUAGUUUAUGUCAGUAUACCCAGGUAUAAAACUACUGGCGAUCCAAAGGGAUUUGCUUUUGUUGAAUUUGAAACUAAAGAGCAAGCAGAGAAAGCUAUUGAGUUUUUGAAUAAUCCACCAGAAGAAGCGCCACGGAAACCUGGGAUUUUCCCCAAAACAGUAAAGAAUAAGCCUGUCCCUGCACUGAAUGCAAGUAACAGCACUGUAGUAGAAGAGAAGAAAAAGAAGAAAAAAAAGAAAUCCAAAAUCAAGAAAGAGAGCAAUGUACAGGCAGCCGUAGAGACAAAGGAAUCAAACAUGAACACUACAAGAGAGCAAGUACCCAAGUCAAAAAGACACAGGACUUCAUCCGAGUGUUCAGAAAUGGAGGGAAUUGAGACUCACAGGCAGCCCUCAAAGAGAGAGAAGAGAAAAUGGGACAGAACAGAAAGCUCAGAGGUACCUUGGGAAAGCAGGCCGGGGAAAAGAAAAAGAACCAGCUCUGGAGAUGGUGAGACAUCAACUCCAAAAAUCAAGAAAACUGUUCAAAAGGAUGAAGUUUGUCCUGUAAAAGAGGAAAAAACAGAACCUCCGAAGGUUUCCAAUGAGGUGUCUGCAGAAGAUGAGAAAGAUGGUGAUAAAAAAGACACAUCCCUUUCAAAAUCUAAAAGGAAACAUAAGAAAAAACACAAAGAAAGACACAAAAUGGGUGAAGAAGUCAUUCCACUCAGAGUGCUCUCCAAGACUGAAUGGAUGGAUUUGAAGCAAGAAUAUUUGGCCCUUCAGAAAGCCAGUAUGGCCUCCUUAAAGAAAACAAUGUCUCAAAUCAAACCUGAGCCUGUAGGAGAGAUGGAAAUGGACUCUUGUGCACAGAAAAAGCCUCAGUCUAAAAAUGGCAAGCCCACCAGUGAAGAUUCUGCCCCUCCUGCCAGGGCUAACACAAUGGGGCCCCAGUUCGUGAGUGGAGUAAUUGUGAAGAUCAUUAGCACUGAGCCCCUGCCGGGCAGGAAGCAGAUCAAGGAUGCUUUGGCCGUGCUGGCUGAUGUUGCUUAUGUUGACAUGCUGGAGGGAGACACAGAAUGUCAUGUCCGUUUUAAAACUCCUGAGGCUGCACAGAUUGUCAUGAAAUCAUACAAAGAAAUACAGAUCAAAAACAACUGGAAAUUCGAAGUUCUCACUGGUGAUCAUGAACAACGUUACUGGCAGAAGAUUUUAGUGGACAGACAAGCUAAACUUAACCAGCCUCGAGAAAAGAAGCGGGGUACUGAAAAGUUGAUUGCUAAGGCUGAGAGGAUGAGGCUUGAAAAGACUCAACAGACAAGUAAACAUAUUCGUUUCACUGAAGAUAACUAACCAAGACUGAUUGUGAUUUUGAGAGUGAACUAGGUAUUUAAAGAAACCCAACGAAAACCAAACCCCACAAACACCACUGCUGACAGCAACUAAAC